CAUGCACUCACACGCCCACCAACCAAUGGACUAGUCAGCUACCGACUAAGGCACAAAAUGGAUACACACACGGCACACCGCAUCACAUCGCUGUCUGUCUGUCUGUCUGUCUGUCUCAGUGUCUCAUUGAGCUCACAAAUACGAUUAAUGGACACACGAACACACACACACACACACACGUCAAUUCGGUCAUCAGCCAGUCAUUCAUUCAUCGGGCGGCUCAUUGCUGUUGUUCAUGAGUACGCGGAAGACCUUCCGCUGCUGCACACUGAUCGGGCCCGUGGCGAGCCUCAGCACCCCUGCCCGGUCAUCCCACUCCCACAUGCCCUGCGGCGCCCCCUCUGUUGGUUGCUGGUUGGCACGCAGCGACCUCUCAUUCAAACCGCCGGCCCCCGCCUUCAUGGCAUCCAACGAAUACACCUGCCCGUCGCCCACCACCAGGUCAACGCCACUGAUGUGGAAAGAUGGCGGGCUUGACUGCUUGGUCACACUCCUGCCACUCCCACCACCAGCCUGUGCGAGCGUCGGCGGUAAGAUUACCUCAAUCGAAAGCGGCUGGCUGGUCGGGCGGCCAACAGAAAGGGUCGACACAGAGGGGGCCGUUCGGUUGAGGGCCGCCUCUCUCAGUCUGUCGUUGUCUCGCUGCUGCUCCUCUGUCAGCUGGUGCUGUGUGGCGGUGGGUGACGAGAGGGAAAGCUCCUCUGGCUCGACAACCACCUCGCCCAGCAUGUUUGUGGUCGUGUUGCUGCUGGGUGCCAUGUUGUCGUGAGUGUCGCCUUUGUUAUCGACAGAGAGGGCCGACAUGGCCAUCUCAGUUUGUGGCCGCACUAUGCCGAACCGCUGCCAAAGUUUGGUCUUCCACCUGCACACAAAACAAGACAAACAUACACACACGUGUGUGUGUAUGUGUGCUUGUCUGUGGUGUUGAUGUUUUGUCGUUCGGACGUUUUGUAGACAGGUCGGUGGUUGACGUCAUAGUAGAGGACGUCUGUGCCGUCAUCGUCGACCAUCUCGACAGCCGACCCCGCCCUGCUGCCAUACACCCGCACCGACAGCCUCCCCCGGUCAUUAUUCUCAUCAGUAUGCCGCCCCGUCAUAGCCUCGGUGUCACUUGCCAUGGCGUGGCCGAAGACGUCCUUUGUGCGGUCGGUGACGCGCUGCACCGGGAUGACCGCCCCGGCCUUGACGAAGGCAGGGAGGGUGUAGACCUUGUCUUCAUUGUAGAGGGAGACGUCCCGCAGCCAUUGGCCGCCUCGGUAGUGCUUCUUGGGGUUGGCGUAGCUGUGCCACUCGUGUGUGGUGGUGCCGGGGAGGUAGACGUCCAUGUGUGUCUGGCCGUGGGUGCCGGCGAAGGCCACCAUGAUGUCACGACCCACCAUCUUCUGAUUGCCCAUCGUCCGCACAUUCAUGUCAUCGGGAUAGUAAUACCUGCGCACACACGCACCACACACACAGAUGUGCAGACAGAGACCUGCUGCACACACACAGGGACCCUUUCUUUGCCUGCCUGACGUUGUUACCACAAUGGCGCGAUGACGGGCAGCCCCUCUGUGUAGGCACGGUGCGCCAUUGCGUAGUAGUAGGGCACCAGCUCAUAUCGCUGCCUGAUGUUGAACCGAUUGCUCUCCACCCAGCCGAUCUCAGCGGGCGAUAUGCGCCACGGACAGUACUCCUGGCCCUUUUUGUACUUGUCGGUGCCAGGGACGCACUUGACGUGGUCAUUGAAUGUGUGGAUCCGGAAGGGGAUGUCGAACCAGGCGCUGCUCGCCAGCCACUUUGAGAACAUCUCGUCCUCACUCGGCUCGGAGCCCGUCUCGACAGCGGUGUCUCUCGGCCAGACGAAGCGCCAGAAUCCGCCUGUGUCGGUGCUGUAGUAGUCGAUGCCGACGGUGACCAUGUUCAUCUGUGACUGGUGGUGCAUGGCGAGGACGUCCAGGCGCGAGCCGAUGUCGCCGCUCCACAUGGAGGCGCCGAACCGAUGGAUGCCCACGGUGCCUGCGCGGGACAUCAUGAAGGGCCGCUUGGUGGUGUUGGUGUCGCGGCUGUCACGCACGUAGCCGUCGUAGAUGCUCUGCAGCCACAGGAAGUUGUACCUGCACCAAAGCCAGCAACAGAGAGGUAGAGUCACAGACACAUGUUGCUCUGUGUGUGUGUGUGUGUGUGUGUGGAUGGGUGCUGGUGGUAACAUACACACAUACAUGUUGUGGAUGUCGGCGUGUCUGUUGCCGGCCAGCCCCUCCCCCUUGUAACACGCCCUCUCGUUGUAGUCCUCCGGCUCGCCAAGAUCCACCUAUCGUGCGCAUCGCGUCCACCCACACAUGAGACGGAGGGAGGGAGGGUGUGCGUGGGGACACUCACUCACCCAGUGUCCCAGCAGCCCCUUGUCGACCAGGUUUGGCUUCCUCCUGUGGUCGUGCACCCACGCAGCCGCCUUGCUGUUGGUCCAGUCUAUCAUCGCACCGUUACCCCACCACCUACGAGCCAACACAUACAGCACAGCACACAUCAACGAAUGCAACACUCACGUCAUGCCACGCCACCCGCCCCACACUCACGCGUCCAUCGGGGCGGCCGAUUUCCUGGCCCUGGCGGACGCACCGCAUUCGUGUGCCAGGUAGCCCUGCUCCCGCAUGUCGUCGAAUGUGGGCGUGCCGGCAGACACAUACGACUCCUCGAUGGCGACCACGCCCAGGUGGUCGCGGGCGUAUGCGGCGAUGCGCUUGGCGGGGUCGGGGAAGGCCUCUGUGUCCCAGUCGAGCAUGCCCAUGGAUGAGUCGCUGCUCCUCUCCGUCACACCGCCGAACCAAUACAAGUCUGGAAGCGUCAGCAGCAGCAGCAGGGCAAUGACAGUCGAUUUCCCUCUGUGGUGUAUCUGCUCACCGAGGACGAUGCCGUCCAUGGGAAUGUUGGCCUCGCGGAUCGUCUCGAUCGUGCCAUCGGCCUCAUCCCAUGACUCGAAACCAUACUCACUGAUCCACUGCCCACACGCACACAGACACACACGUGAUGCUCUGACCACACGUAUAUUUCGUGUGUGUGCAUCAAUGUCUGCGUACCAGCCCGAAGACUUUCUUGGGUGGCACUGGCGGCGUGCCCGUCAGGUGCAUGAAAGCGGCCCGCACACUGAGGGGGUCAUCCCCGAGCAGCACGUAGAAGCGGUGAGGGUUCGAUGGGGGGUUGUUGGGCGUCUCGACGGUCCACCACUUGUCCACAAAGUCCCAGUUCCUGAUAGACACAUACCCACACAGGCGGCGCUGUGCUGUGCUGUGCUGUGCUGUGCUGUGCGGCCGGUUCGGUCCUUGGUGCUUACUGUUUGUAUGUGUUGUCGACCAGGAGGCCCAGGAAGGUUCUGUUGGCAUCUUGUGGAAGGGCCAGCAUGAAGGGGAAUUGGAGAACCCCACCCAUACCUGACACACACGCCCCGAACCACACACACACACACACAUCCAUCCAUCCAUCAGCCGAUUGAGCGGCACAGAUGUCACCGGCGGAUUUCUUGGGGUCGCCGGGGUUGUGUCGCCACGUGCUGCCAUACUCGUUCUUCGGAGCGAAUCUGCCGAACUUGACCCAGUCGCCAUUGAUAGACCCAGGCCACUGGAAUUCCUGACCAACCCCAUACGCAUGGCUGAAACCCGUGCUGUCCAUCCCCAGCGUCUUCAGCGACCCCUCUCCCGCCCAGCCGUCCAUGCAGUAGGUCGUGACGACGCCCUUACCGCGUCGUGAGACCUCCAGGCACCCCUGUGCCCUCCUGACUUUGAUGCCCGCCCCCUCGAUUGAGUGUUUCUUCUUGUCGAUGGCGCAGUCAGGCACCUCGGCGUGGAAGGACGUCUUGUGGACCAUCGGUGUGCUCUUGAUGGGUGCGUUGACAUCCAGCCCCUCCCCCUUGCCGAUCUCCACGUGUGCAGUCUGCUCGUCGUAGAUGGCCACCACCGCGUAGCCCUUGGUGUUCUUGACACGGAAGAAGAACUUGGCGCGACAGUCCCGCCCUUGCUCAAGUGCGUCGGCGGCCGCCAUGCCGACGUGAUCUGCGGCGUGGUCGAAUUGGAAGAGCGCUGCCUCUCCGUCCUUGGCGCCCUUUGGCAGGGCGAGGCCAUCGGUGAGUGGGAUGUCCUCCAAGAGAGCGCCUUGCAGCUCCUUCCUCGUCAACCCAAACAUGCCCAUCUCUGCGGCUUUGAAGGCACCUGCACACACGACCAGAAGGGGAACAGUAAGAGUACGAGCUGCGGGUGGCUGGCUUGCUGACCGCGGCAGGCUGUCCUGUUGACUGUGCCACGAUCGAGCCCUUCGAGGUUGUAGAAGGGCAGGUACUCCUGCAGCAGGCACUUGGGCAUCCUCACGAUAGGCUGAUCGUCCUCUGGCCCAGUCAGGGUCUCCCCCUCCUCCUUUUCCUCGUCAAUGUCCUCCUCGUCAGCAUCGGUGGAGUCAUCUGCUGCUGCUGCUGCUGCCGCCAUGACGCCCAUGCCCUCUUGCAGCUCCUGCAUAAACGCCGCGGCGCUGCCGUCGGCCGGCUCUCCGAAUACAAAAAGGGCACAAUACGACAACAGCAGCGCAAAAAGGAGCAUGGUAGUGAAGGCUGGGAAGGAGCAGGGGGGAGGGGUGCUGUGUCGCGCCAAAUCGCUUC